CCGGUCCCGGAUAUGACGCAGAGCGCCGGCAGCAGACGGUCCCCGCGUGUGCAGCUUGUUGUGGUACAGCCAACAUGGCGGCUCCUCUGGAGGUAAUCGUGACCAGUGACUCCGGCUCCCCGAUGUGGAACUGCACCGUGUUCGACCUGCACAGCGGCUCCAGCCUGCUGUCGUACCGGGGAGGGAGCAGCUCGGCCCGGACCCUGACCCUCCUGAACGGGGAGUACCUGCUGUCCGCACAGCUGGGCAAGAACUUCAUCAACAUGUGGGAGAUCCAGAGGAAGGAUCAGCUGCAGCAGAAGAUGGUGUGUCCAGGUCUCAUCACCUCUCUGACCGCUUCACCUAACGGAGUCUUCCUCACUGCCGGAGUCGCAGAGGCUGUUUAUCUGUGGGAGGUUUCCACAGGUAAGCUGCUGUCUGUCCUCAGUCGUCACUACCAGGAUGUCACCUGUCUGAAGUUCACAGAUGACAGCAGCCAUUUUGUUUCUGGAGGAAAAGACAACCUUGCUCUGGUGUGGAGUCUGUCCAGUGUGAUCCAGCUGGAUUCAAGCCACACCCCUGAACCGCGUCACGUCCUGUCUCGUCACUCUCUACCAAUCACAGACUUGCACUGUGGCCUGAUGGGGGCUCAGGCCAGAGUCGCAACCGCCUCCUUAGACCAAACUGUCAAGGUGUGGGAGUUAUCCUCAGGUGAGCUGCUCCUGUCCGUCUUGUUUGACGUGGAGAUCAUGUCUGUGACCUUUGACCCCUGCGAGUACUUCCUGUUCUGUGGAGGCAGUGACGGAAACAUUUUUCAGGUGUCUCUGUGCAGCCAGAGUCUCAGUCGGGACAAAUCGUUCCAGUCAGACAACGACGGGAACCAGGUCUUCAAAGGACACAGGAACUUGGUGACGUGUCUCUCGGUGUCGAUGGACGGGACUCUCCUCCUCUCUGGGUCACAUGAUGAGACGGUUCGGCUCUGGGACGUCCAAAGUAAACAGAGCAUCCGCUGCCUCGCCCACAAAGGUCAGGUGACGAACGCCGUCAUCACGGCGGCUCCUGCCAACAUGUUUCUGCCCGACAGCAGGCCUGCCGUCCCUCUGCCGCGCUUCAGCCGACACCUGCACGCCUCCGAGGGCGAGGAGUCGGGGGAGGUGUGUGUCCGCCUGGGACUUUACUCACAGGAGGAGGAGCAGACGUACCUGCAGAAAGCUGACAGGCUUAAUUCUUUGAUGAACGCUGUGACUGACAAGUCGGUGUUUGGUGACGGAGAGAACACGAAGGUUCGAGUGGCCGAACUCGAAGAAGAAGUUCAGACUCUGAAGAAAGUCAACAAAGAUCUGUACGACUUCUCCAGCCAGCUGCUCACCAAGCCCACAUAGACACAUGCACACACACUGUACACACUGAUAUACACACAUAAACCCCAUAAACACACAUGAAUAUGUACGCACAGGUAAACAGAUUCAAACAAACAAUGGUGAUGUUUUUUGUAAUAAAAUAAAAGUCUUUGUAGAACUU